AUGUUGUCGCUGUAUUUCAUUGCAUUUCUACUGCUAGCAGGAGGCUGUUCCGUUAAAGCGACUCCAACGGCGUAUUUGCAACGAGACGUGCGACAGAUUGAUCCAGUGAUGGGAGGCGGAAUAAUUGAUCCAAUGGCACUGGGAGGUGGAAUGAUGGUACCAAUGGGAGUUGAAGGUGAAGUACUGGGACCGAUGCCAAUUGAAGGUGGGAUAAUGGGAGUACCAUAUUAAGA